GUUGCUCGCAUCAACAAACACGUGGAUUUUAUAACUCUGCUGAUAUUCUGUCUUGUGAAGGUGUGUUGCUAGAUAAUAUCAUAUGUAAUAAUUACACAAUAAUUUUGACAACAUGUCUACAAGUGAGAAAGUGAUGCUAAAAGAAGGACCUGAGGCCAUAGAAGACGCUGAAAACGAGUUAGCGCCGCCGAUUGUGACACGGACUCGUAGCGGGCGGAGAGUCCGGACACCAGCUGCUUAUUUUGACUCCGAAGUACCGAAGACUCCAACACGUCGAACACGGAAGUCUGUGAUUCAAGAGUUACCAAAUGAGACCGAACCCGAACAAGAGGUUUUAGUUGUGGAACCCGUUGCAGACAAGGCGAGUGAGAAAGAAUUGCCAAGCAGUGUGUCUGAAUCAACAUCAUUGGCCGCAACUCGAGUAUGUCCAGAGUCCAUUCACACCGAUACAGCUGCUGAAGAAUCAUGUACAGGUUCAGAUAUUUUAGGUGUGACGAAUCAAUGCAACGAGAAGGAAAACAAGGGUGAUUCCGUUAGAAUGGAGACUGUUCCGGGCCUCCCAAAUAAAACAGGGAAAAAGAGGACUCAUUCAGAGUCAAAUGAGAAACUGGGCCUAAUACCUUUGGGAAAACCAAAAUCCGGACGGGUAUGGAAAGACCGCAACAAGCAAAGGUUUUCAGCUCUUGUGAUAGACAAGCCACUGCGGUCUUCCUGGGAAAAGAAGAUGGAGGCCAAGCGAGAGAAAGACAUGGUCAAGAAAUUUUCCCUGCAACUGAAGGAGGAUAAGGCCAGAGCGAAAGAGGAGAAGAGAAAGCGGCACGAGGAGAAUGUAAAAAGGCGAGCCGAGAACGAGAGGAAGGCAGAGGUUGUGCAAGUGAUCCGGAACACGACGAAGAUCAAGAGGAUGAAGAAGAAACAGCUGAGGAAGAUCGAGAAGAGGGACACACUCAACAUGCUGCAGAAGUCACAGCCCAAGACACCGAAAGCCACAAAAAAAGCCACGAAGAAAGCUGUCCAGGCAGACAAGUAGGGACAGGCCCGGGUUGACAGCGAUAGGACGUUCGGACCUAUGGCCCUUUUCAGAACCAACCCCUAAUCCCACUUUAUGUGGAAAACAGUCAGCUCCAUUUAUCGACUCGGUAUUGCAGUCUUUUUCAGGAUAAAAGGAUUUGUGGUUCCAUCUGAUUGUCUAGGUGGAAUUUUGACUAUAUUGCUUAAUCUGUCGUCCUUUUAGGCCUGGGUUCUGGAUAGGGCCUAUAAGACCAAGCACAGUCAGACUUCUGUAUGCACAGGUGUACUCGUUUGAUAGCAAAUAAUGUACUGUGGAGCAUUGCUGAUGUUAUGCAAACUGUGGCCUUUACCUUUUACUUUAUAAAAAAAUAAAAUUCCAGUCUGGAUACAUUCUU